UUAAUUCUAAAAAAUUUACUCGAAAACCCUAAAUUUCCUCAAAUCCGAUCUCAGCAUCCUCCAUUUUGAUUUCCUUCACUCUAAAUCAAAUCUUUCAUGGUACUUGUCCGAUCAUAAUCGAAUUUUAGUGGAUUUUGAGAGUUUAAGUGAGCCAUGAAGCGGGAGUUGGAUUUUGGGUUGGAUGGUUCAGUCAGUCCAACUCGGGAGUUAGUUGCUCAGUCUCAAACUCAGGCGAGUUCUAGUACUAGUUGUAAUAGAGUUAUAGGUACUCAAGUGAAUGGUUACAUUGUUUACACUCGAGUUAAGAAGUCAAGAACUAAUUAUGGUGUUGAAAUUUCGGAGAAUUUAAGAAACAAAAGUAAGCCGGUAAAUGGUGUUAAAGAGACCUUACUGGAUGAGGAUCAGGAGAAUAAAACUUUGAUUGAAGGUCGACCACAAAAUGAAAACGACGCUAGGGAUAAUGUGGUAGUAGAAAAUGUAGUUGAUGAGAGCUUAUUUGUGGGAGAUUUUGUUCAAGGUGGUCCACUUGUGGAGGCUCUCAUUGAAGAGAGCCAUAUUAUUGGGGAAAAUGCCAUUGUAGGGAAGUUGGUAGUUGAGGAAAUUGGAAGAGAUGGUAGGCCUGUUGUUCAAUCAUGGCUUCAUGAAGUGUCUAAUUAUAAUUCAGCAAUGUCCAUGUCUAAAGAGGAUUCAGUGAAUGAGCCAGAGACAUGUCUUGUUGAUAAAGGAUGUUUUGAAGGAUCAUCAAUGCAGAUUUCUUAUAUUAGUGAUGGAAGUAAUGAUGAUGCAUUUUUGAAGGCCCUGAGGCAGUCUAAACAAUCUUUAACGAGACCAAAGUUUGAAGCAGUAGACAAUUUGGAAUGUGAACAGCAUGCUGUUGAAAAUGUUAUAGUUUCAAAUUUUGGUGGAGAGGAAUCAGCUGAAGAAAGCGAAUUGACGACUUCCAUGAAGAACUUGGAGCUGAAAAUGUCAAAAAAGGUUGCCCUGACUAAGUGUCCAAUGACAGUUAAAGAGCUAUUUGACACUGGUUUACUUGAUGGGGUUCCUGUGGUUUACAUGGGCACAAUAAGUAGUAAGACAGCUGGCCUUCGAGGAAUCAUUGCAGAUGGUGGAAUUUUGUGUUCAUGCUCCUUGUGCAAGGGACGUAGAGUUCUUCCUCCAUCCCAAUUUGAGAUUCAUGCUUGUAAACAAUACAAACGUGCAGCACAAUAUAUAUGCUUUGAAAAUGGGAAAAGCCUACUUGAUGUGUUAAAGGCAUGCAGGAGAAGACCUUUGCAUGCUUUAGAAGCAACAAUUCAAAACAUCCUCAGUGCUUUACCUGAGCAAAAAAAUUUUACUUGUAGAAAAUGCAAAGGUUGUUUUCCUGUACUACAUGUUGGGCAAACAGGGCUGCUUUGCAAUUCUUGCAUAGAGUCAAAAAGAUCUCAGUGCAGCAUAAUAAGUUCACCCAGUGCAGGAGCUAGAUCACCAGAACCAGCGGUGAUGUCGAAGUCUGUUGGAAGUGCAUCAUUGAGUAUCACUACUCCAAGUAAGAGUCAGUGGAAUAAAGCAAGCAAGUCAUCAGAGCUGUAUAUGACAUCAAAUUCACCACAUUGUUCUUCAUUGUCUAUUUCUUCACAAAAUAGUAGUCCAUGGAAGACAACAAGAACGUUAACAAAGCCAGGGUUAUUCACAAAGUCAUUUAAGAGUGCUUCAGUGCAUAUUUCCUCGCAAGAUAAAGGCCAAUGGAGAGUAAAAAAGAAGCCAGUGAAACCAGUUUUGGUGUCAAAGACCUUAAAAAAUUCUUCACCUCCGAUGCACUCACCCAAUGGAAGCCAAUGGAAGAUGACGACGAAGGAUCAGCGAUUGCAUAAGUUGGUAUUUGAGGAAGAUGGACUGCCCGAUGGAACAGAAGUCGCAUACUAUGCCCGUGGACAGAGAUUGCUUGAGGGUUACAAAAAGGGCUUUGGGAUAAUUUGUCGUUGUUGCAAUUGUGAGGUUAGCCCAUCACAGUUUGAAGCUCAUGCUGGUUGGGCUUCUCGUCGAAAACCCUAUGCACACAUUUACACUUCUAAUGGGGCGUCUCUACAUGAACUGGCAAUAUCUCUCUCAGAAGGUCGUCGUUAUUCUUCCAAGGAUAACGAUAACACAUGUAUCAUUUGUGCAGAUGGUGGAGAUCUUUUGCUUUGUGAUGGAUGCCAAAGGGCCUUCCAUAAAGAAUGUGCAUCGCUACCCACAAUUCCUCAUGGUCGCUGGUACUGCAAACAUUGCCAGAACUUGUUUAUGAGAGAAAAGUUUGUGGAGCAUAAUGCUAAUGCUCUUGCUGCUGGAAGGAUUUUAGGAGUUGAUGCUAUAGAACAGAUAACCAGCAGAUGCACUCGAAUUGUGAAAAACUUUGAGGCAGAACUUAGUGGAUGUGCAUUAUGCAGGGCAUGUGAUUUUAGCAAAUCAGGAUUUGGACCUCGGACAAUUAUACUGUGUGAUCAGUGCGAGAAAGAAUAUCAUAUUGGCUGUUUGAGGACUAAUAAAAUGGCUGAUCUAAGGGAAAUACCAAAAGGGAAGUGGUUUUGUUGCUCAGACUGCAGUAGGAUCCAUUCUACGCUACAGAGAUUGCUCACUUGUGGAGCUGAAAAGCUUCCAGCCUCACUUUUGAAUGUUGUAAGGAAGAAGUAUGUGGAAAAGGGUUUAGAUGCUAAUAUUAAUAUUGAUGUGAGAUGGAGGCUUCUUAGCGGCAGAUUUGCUUCUCCUGAAACUAGAUUGUUGCUUUCUCAAGCUGUUGGUAUCUUCCAUGAAUGUUUCGACCCUAUAGUUGAUGUAACAACUGGGAGGGAUCUUAUCCCAUGCAUGGUAUAUGGGAGGAAUUUGAAGGGCCUAGAGUAUGGGGGAAUGUACUGUGCAGUUUUGACAAUCAAUUCAUUUGUUGUGUCAGCUGGGAUAAUUCGAAUUUUUGGGCAACAAAUUGCAGAACUCCCUUUAGUUGCUACCAGCAUCACUAACCACGGGAAGGGUUACUUCCAGUUGUUGUUCUCUUCCAUUGAGAAGUUGCUGGGGCUCUUGAAUGUCAAAAGCAUUGUGCUUCCAGCUGCUGAAGAAGCGGAAUCGAUCUGGACAGACAAAUUUGGUUUCAGGAAGUUAACACCAGACCAGCUUAGUGAAUACCGAAAAAACUGCAACCAGAUGGUGAUUUUCAAAGGAACUACGAUGCUACAGAAAGAAGUUCCUCCAUGUCAAGUUGUUUAUGGUAAAGAGCGUACGGAGUUGCGUAAUGGUACGGACUAAAGGAGACGUUCUGUGAGUAUUUCUUUUUCUUUUUUUAUUUAUGGGACGUAGAUUUUUCAUACAUAUAAAAAAGUGAGCUUAAUUUGUGAAGAGUGAGCUCAGAUGUUAAAAUUUUCUGAUACCAGCACGAGACUUGAAUUUAGAGGAAUAGUGAAUAGGUCAAUAUUUGAUUAAAAGGUUUUUUAAUGGUUCCCAUGGAUCCAUGGGAAUGAUACAUCACUUCAGCCUUUUGUCAUACAAUAAAUAUUAGGGUCGAAAUGCUUGAAAAAGAGAAGGGCGAACUAUUGAAAUGAAUAUUUACCUUUCAUUUAUGUACACUUUUGCUCACCAAAUUAAAAAAUGUUUAGUCACUUUCAUUAUCGUU